UCUGAGGGAGGAGGGGAACAGGGGCCCAGCUUCUGGGUUCUGGGGAAAUAUGGCCUCUACAUUCCUCACUUUUCAAAUUCUUAUCAGAAUUUGUGUCCCCCAGGGAUGCCUUCACUUACCUGUGCACCGUGCCUCACUGUCUUCUGUCUGAGCUGAUCUCAGGGCUGGGGCCAAAGUUCCCAGGGGUGGGAGGUGCCUGUGUUUGACUUUGCCCUGGCUGGGAGGCGACAGGAGCUGAUUCAGCCCUUGCUAGGAAUUGUCCUUGUGAGGACAGGGGCACCUCCCACAAGGUGCUGAUCUGACAGGGGAGUGGACUUGUCCAGGAACACAUGGUCCAUGUAGAAUGCACUGGGCCUUGGACAGACCAGGGCAGAGGGGCCUCCCAAGUGCAUGGUGGCAAAGGAGGCCCAUGGUCCCCUGCUUUUUCUACCUUUCCUGGCCUCUCUGCUUUUCUUACUUCUGUCCCCAUCCCCAGAUUUGGGCCCGAAAACUCCUCCCUGCCUCUUGGCUUCUGUGUGGCCCCAGAAGAUAUGCCUCAUCCAACUUCAAGGCUGCAGACCUGCAGCUGGAAAUGACACGGGAGCCUCACCAGAAGCCUGACGCCAGCAAGCCCCUGGUGUUUGGGAAGAUAUUCACUGACCACAUGCUGGUGGUAGAAUGGAAGGAGGAGAAGGGCUGGGGCCAGCCCCGUAUCCAGCCCUUCCAGAACCUCAUGCUGCACCCCGCCUGCUCCGGCCUCCACUACUCGAUGCAGCUCUUCGAGGGCAUGAAGGCGUUCAAAGGCAGCGACAAGCGCGUGCGCCUCUUCCGCCCCUGGCUCAACAUGGAUCGGAUGCUGCGCUCUGCCCUGCGCCUCUGCCUGCCGAGUUUUGAUAAGGUCGAGUUGCUCGAGUGUAUCCGCAGUCUGGUGGAAGUGGACAAGGACUGGGUCCCUGAGGGCAAGGAUACCAGCCUCUACAUCCGGCCUGUGCUCAUCGGAAAUGAGCCCUCGCUAGGUGUCAGCUGCUCCUCACAAGCGCUCCUGUUUGUCAUUCUCUGCCCCGUGGGCGCGUACUUCCCCGGAGACGCCAUGGAUUCUGUCUCCCUCCUGGCCGACCCAACCUUCAUCCGGGCCUGGACGGGUGGGGUGGGUGACUACAAGCUGGGGGGGAAUUACGGGCCCACCGUGUUGGUGCAGCAGGAGGCGAAAAAGAGGGGCUGUGAACAGGUGCUCUGGCUCUAUGGGCCUGACCACCAGCUCACCGAGGUGGGCACCAUGAACAUCUUCAUCUACUGGACCCACGAGGAUGGGGUGCUGGAACUGGUGACCCCCCCACUGGACGGCGUCAUCCUGCCCGGAGUCGUCAGACAGAGUCUGCUGGACCUGGCUAGGACUUGGGGUGAGUUCCGGGUGGCAGAGCGGAAGAUCACCAUGAAGGACUUGUCGCGGGCGCUGGAGGAGGGGCGGGUCCGGGAAGUCUUUGGCUCUGGCACCGCUUGCCAGGUCUGCCCUGUGCACCAAAUCCUGUACCAAGGCAAGCACUUGCAUAUUCCCACCAUGGAAAACGGGCCUGAGCUUAUCCUCCGCUUCCUGAAGGAGCUGAAGGCGAUCCAGUACGGAGCAGGAGCCCACGACUGGAUGCUGCCAGUGUGACGCUAGAGACUCAGCCCUACCUCUCCCCGGAUCCACCCCCCACCCCCGCGGCAUCUAGUCCUCCACGGGCCCUCCCCUCCCUACCAAUGACUCACCUGAAGUGCAAUAUGAAAUAAAAGGCCGGGGGCUGCCGGGACGCCUGGGUCUCUGGCGCCCCCACAUGGUCGACACUCCCAAAGCCAUAAGGGUCGGACCCGGGCGUCUAGGCCCCUAGCCCCGCCUCUCAGAUCUUGGGGGAUUUGGGCUUCCCGCUGCUCCGUGUUGUGGGGUCAAGGAUACACUUUGACCCGACCCAACUCGACUUCGCAUCUCUCCGUUUUCAGGCCGGAUCUCCCGGUGCUGCUGUUGAUUUUUUUUUUUUCCUUUUGCUGCAAUUUUGAAAUAAAUGCCAAAG